GCACUUAACACCAUGUCAGCUACUGCUUCCACUAAGACUUUCAACCGGGCUGCCUUCCUCCAACAUGAAGACCCAGAAGUCCGAAUCCACUAUGUCGAAACGUACCCAUCCCACGGGAAGCAGGAGAAAGGAACCGUACUUCUGAUCCACGGCUUCCCGGAAACCUCAUAUCAGUUUCGCCAUGCGAUGGUGCCUCUUGCGCAGGCAGGGUACCAUGUCAUCGCUCCGGACAAGCUAGGCCACGGUUUCAGUAGCAAGCCGGUCGGUAGCACAGAUCAACAGGAGCCAUUCACCAAGAAGUCGCUGGCAAAUGACCUGCAUAAGCUCGUCACGAAGCAUAUGGGCAUCAAAGACAAAGUCCACGUGGUUGGGCACGACAUUGGCGGAAUGGUAGCCCAUGCCUACGUCUGCCAGUUCCCCGACGAUGUCGCCUCGGUGAUCUGGGGAGAAUGCCCCUUGCCUGGAUCGACACUAUAUGAGAGUGAAAAGCAUUCUCGAGCGCUCUGGCAUUUUGACUUCCAAAGCCACAACCCGGACAUUGCGGUCGCGCUGGUCCAGGGCAAGGAGAGAAUAUACCUGAAGCACUUCUAUGACCGGCUGACGCAGAAUCAAGCAGCAUUCACGCCAGAAGUGGUCGAUUUCUACGUGAUGCAAUUCAGCCAACCCGAUGCUCUCCGCUGUGCAUUUUUGACAUACCGGGCUUUCGAAAUUGACGCAGAGCAUAACCGCAAAUGGAGACAAGAGAAGUCUAAGGUGAAGGUGAAGAAUAUGGUGUUAUCUGGCAAGGAGUCUUUCCAUGCUCCUCACGCCGAGAGUAUGGCCAAAGAGUUUUACGAGAACGUGAAUGUUGGACUGGUCUCUGACUCGGGGCAUUAUCUCGCUGAAGAGAAUCCAGAGUCAUUUGUGAGGGAAGUACUGAGAUUCAUCGAGUCGUAAAUCUGAGAAAAAAGACACUAUUGUAGAAUUGAUUCUGCCUUUAGGGCGUGAGGAAACAAUGACACAGUCCCGUUCUUGACUUAA